AUGCACGACGGGGGGGACAGGUUGGCUCCACGCUGGGUGGUGCUGUUGGACACGGAUGAGUUCCUGUGGGCCAGGGAGGCGGGCGAGAUAGGCCUGCCGGAGGCGCUGGAAUCGCGCUCGACGACGUGCUGCUUGCAGGUGUCGACGGUACAACACGGAACCUCAGGGUUUCCCAAGUCUCCUCGGGGCCUUUUGUUGGAAAACUUUCUCACUCACGCAGACCCCACGUCGCCGGAACUGAACGGCCCCCCCAAGGUUAUCUUGAGGUUCCGGGACGACGCCAGUGGUACAGCAUCUGAGAGCUCGGGCGAAGAUGUUAAUCCUCCUGUUUCGGUUUCGAGCUUUCUUGGUGAUGGUGAUGGUGGUGGUGUGACGGAGAUGAGAGAAGGAUGCCGGUGUGAGGAGGCGGGUGUUGGGGAUUUUGCAGUCCGGCGGUAUCCGAUGACGCGGGAGGAUGUGGCGGCGAGGGGGAGGCGCUACAGCACUGUGCUUCAGUGGCAGCAGCAACAGCAACGACGAGCGAUGACAAGAGAAGCUGUUGAGUUCGACGAAUCAUUGGAAACCGCAGCUCUGAACGACCACAAGAGCGAUGCGAUGGUGGAGUGGAGCUGCGUGGUACGGCGGCUUCUAGACAGAGCCGCCAACGGCAAGCACCUCGUGACCGGUCGCCCACAGGCCAGCCUCAGCCCGCACCACCCGAUUAGCCAUGGCGCUCGUGCCAUGGACCCUUACGGGGAGGAGGAGUUGCGGCGUACGGAGGCGUGCAUGUCGGCGGUGCGUGCGUCUCCCGCUGCCGCGGACACUGCGUGGGGAAGCCCAGACUCGUCGCCGGAGUGGCUGCAACACUUGUGCUUCACUCGAUACGUGUUCGUGCACUCCUUCGAGGACGCCGGAGAGGCGGCGGUCAUGCGGUCACUAGCCUCGCACCCUUGGGUACGGGUACAUGGUGGACAGGGCGCCGUAGGCGGCGAGGGGUCUUCCUUAACAACGGUGUUUUCAUCACCGCGGGAGCGGGAGGGCAUGGCGGAGACGGUUUUGUCGGAGCUGUGCGGCUGUUCGAAGGAAGGUUCGUCCGCUGCGGGGUGCUGGCGUUACUGUCCCGAUCUUCAGCAGCGCCUUCUCGCGCCAGAGGAGAUCAACGGGGCGAGGCGACAGCUCGUGCAAGACUGGUUGCUCCGCGUCAACUUGAAGCCCAAGAAGCCGGCAGUGGUGCUCGUGGAGAGAGACACGGACAUGCUCGUGGCCUCCAAGCAAGGCCUCUUCCCCUUCGUCUCCACUUCCUUGCUCACGGUCAGGCACCCCAUCUGUACCACCGCCUUGGAAACGGGCGACGCUGAUGGCAAAUGUGGCACCGCGGCGGGGCUGCGUGAGUGGCGCGAGGUGUGGCGGCAGGUGCUUAUCGAACAGGUCCCUCGGACAGUUAACGGGACCAUCUGGGUAGUCAGGUUCGAAGACCUUCUGUCUCAAGAAGAAAACGCCGCUUCAGCGCUCUGGGCAGCCGUCGGCCUUCCUCCCAUCUCCCCCUACCUCCCCCCCGCCACCACCAAACCCGCCGUAAUCCCAAUCUCCAAGAAGCGGCGCGAUCAACAACACCUACGACGACGUCGGCUACAACACCAGACGCUGCCACAACAAGAGCAGCAACAACGGCCGCUUGGUAGUGGAAGGCGGCGGCGGUUAAUCAUGGGGGACGCCACGUCGAGAGCAUCGUCGACCGUGCGAAACACGGCCAUCCCGACAACGUGUAGGCUGCGGAUUGGGGCCUGCGAGAAGGAUCCCGCCUGUAAAUUGGAACUUUUGCGGUCGGCGAGCCUCCUCGACUUCUUCGGCUACGGGGGCGUCGGAGAAUUGCUCAACUCUCAGCGGUUUUUGUGGGGAAAGGAAGAACUGGAGUGGCUCGGAAAGCGCCUGGCCGCAGAGCCGAGCGAGCUGCUGGACGUGCUCAACGGACGAGAACGCGGCGGAAGGUUGGAUUUUGAUUCGGACGACGAGCCCUCGGUAAUCCUGCUUCAGCCCCCCCAGGCGUAAUUUGGAAGGGAGAUGACGGCUCGUUCCUUUCGGUGACCGAAAUUUCGGGACAGCAGUAGCCUCCACAGGGGUUUUUUAUUUUGUAAACAUGGCCCUCGCAGGGCUUUUUUGUUAAGUGAACAUGGAGGACAAAGCAUGCAAUCCAAUCGGGGAAUUUGGGUUAGGGUUAGGGAUGGGGUCUGCGUACCCCCCUCCCUGUUAUAUUUGUUAAUAUGUUUACUUUCUCGGGAAGGCGGUCCCCUCGGGAAAGGGGGGGGGGGGGAGGAGGGUCGAUGCUUCCUACUUUCGUUGGCUGCGUCGACUCGCGUUGCCAGAAUGUAGAUUGUGACCGUUUGUUAGACUUCAUAUUUUUCACUGAACGUCUCCGUUUUUUUCUUGGCUUGCGUCUCGGACAUCGCCAGAAAGAUUGUGACUGCUCGUCAGACUUCGUCUUGUCAAGUGAACCAACCUCACGCUGGGUGGAUGUGGUCGUAGAGGCGGCUGUCGUUCUGUAGGCUACGCGUUGGGUGCUGCCAACGCCCUAUUGGCCGUCGUUAACGUUUUUUCACGGCAAGGUGCAUCGUGAUGCAUUGCCUGAGCGAACACAAAAUGUUGUUCCGUACAGUGAAGUUGUGACGUCACACAGGCUUGUCGUUGUGGUGGUCUCUCGUCGCGUUGUGGUGGUCUCUCGUCGCGUUGUGGUGGUCUCUCGUCGCGUUGUGGUGGUCUCUUGUUUUGGUCCUGCCGUGUGUUGCUUCCCCUACCCUAUCGGUGUCUUGUACGUGCGGCUUACCACCCGUCGCGAAACCUUCCAACCGAUCCAUCCCCCUUUUUGUCCGAUGAAAACGAUCGGUGCGCGACUUCAACCUGUGUGCGUUGCCUGUUGAUGGAUGACGUUUGAUACCGUUUCUGCCUUGACCGGGGCUUUGCGUGUUCAUGGUUCAUGUGCAUGGUAAGUUUUAUGGUCGCCUGUGCAUGGGUACGUGUGGCAUUCGAGGGCGACUUGGAGCCGAAAAUAUUCGUCUAUCCAUAGAAAAAGGCUUUUGGUGCGUGGGGUUGCGCAUGGUUACAGAUUGCCCGUUGAAAGCUUAAGUGUGCAGCAAGCCUCGGUUCGUGUAUUGCCUUUGGUUUGUUGGCCGUUAGUUUAUCACGCGGGACCUGCAGUACUAGUUUGGUAGGACUAGUUACUGUUUCGAUUAUUUAUGUGUCCUCCUUUGGUACACCCGGCUUCCCCGGGGAUGGUUGUGUUGUGGUUGCUGUUGUGCACGAAUCGGCUGACCACUAAGAAGUCGUCAGUCACAUGGCAGGACGAGAAAACGCCAAUGUGCAUGUGGGUAGAUGUAGCGGCUCUGCGGCCUUCGAACAUCUUCCCGGUAAUCGAUGUUUUCGAUGAUAUCGCACGAGUCAUUCCCAUUGAUACAAGUUCAGGAUUUAGGUGCAGAGGCUCCCCCGUCAGUCGGUUCGCCCGGGAGCCUUCGAUGGCCUUGGACUGAUGUAGCUUCGUUUGGCGGGCGGCCACCAAGUGUUGACGUCCUCCCCCGCCUGCACGUAACUGAGUUCAAAAGACUCGCCUUAUACUAAGCUUUUGGCCUCUUCUCGCGGGGCCGUGUUCCACGUGCCGGGGGCGUCGACAUUGCGUUAUUAAAUGUUUUUUUUGGAUUGUUUCCGCUUUUGCUACCCCCCUUGAUGCCGGUUUUGCAGCCCGAGAUAAACUCAGCGGCGAAGCUUUUAGAAACCAUCAUCAUGCGGUCAUCAUAUAAAGGCCAUCGCAUACAGAUCUGCGAUGACAGCAAGAAGGAGGAGAUGUCUUCUGUGUAGUCCCGAUUUUUUUUUGUUGCGUUGGCCGUACGCAUAUUACCUGGUACGCACGAAAGCGCCCCAUAGUUGGUACUUAUAUCCUUAGCGUUUGGAUACAAUUGCGCCCCCUGUCCGGUGAAGGGCGAGAGGUUCUUCCGAUUGAAGAGAACAGCGCCUUCCGUAUGGCAGCAGUCAAGAAGCAGAAAUAGACAAGUGAACCAGCAAGAUUUCCAUUCGUUCUGCAAGAUUAUUGAGGCCGUUGGGUCGAAAUUUGGCCGAAUUUCC